UUGCAGGUGUUACCGGAGCUAUUUCUGUCGCGGCUAACCUGUCUGAACGCGGUCUGGAAAGGAACGCUCCGCACAGAUCCUCAAGGACAAGACUAUCUGUUUUAUAGCCGACUGUUUUGGACUCGGCUGCUCCCUCCUCAUAGGCGGCAGUCUCCGGGUGCCAUGAUGGAGAUGAAGUUCUUCCUUUUGAGCUGCGUAAUGGCGGCCUUCCUGGUUCACCUCUCCAGCGCCGGUCUGGUCAAGAGGGUCAUUCGACACCGCAGAGAGACCCUGAUGCCCAAGAAAAGCCAGGAAAACCUCACCCUGCCCGAUCCCGACCAGCCGGUGGUCUUCAACCACGUCUACAACAUCAACGUGCCGUCCACCUCCCUCUGUUCGGUGGAGCUGGACGCGCCCGGCGGCGGGGGCGGCGAGGAGGUCAAGCACAAGAGCAGCCCGCUGGACAUGCAGAGCACGGAGCACAUGGAGCACACGGUGGACGGGGACAACCAGAUCGUCUUCACCCACCGCAUCAACAUCCCCAAGCAGGCGUGCGGCUGCGGGGGCCAGCUGCCGGACAUCAAGGACAUCCUGAGCAGGCUGGAGAUGCUGGAGUCCGAGCUGUCCAGUCUGAGGGAGCAGUGCGGCAGCGGGGCCGGCUGCUGCGGAGCUCAGGUCACAGGUGAGGUGUCCACAAAGCCCUUCUGCAACGGCCGCGGGAACUGGAGCGCGGAGUCGUGCAGCUGCUCCUGCGAGCCCGGCUGGAAGGGCCCCAACUGCACGGAGCCCGAGUGCCCCAACGACUGCCAGGACCAGGGCCGCUGCGUGGACGGCAGGUGCGAGUGCUUCGAGGGCUUCGCCGGGGACGACUGCGGCCUGGAGCUCUGCCUGCUGGACUGCGGCGACUACGGCCACUGCGUGGACGGCUCCUGCCUCUGCGAGGAGGGCUUCCUCGGCGAGGACUGCUCCCAGACCAGGUGCCUCAACGGCUGCCUGGGCCGGGGCCGCUGCGUGGAGGACGAGUGCGUCUGCGAGCACCCGUGGACGGGCUUCGACUGCUCCGAGCUCAUCUGCCCCAACGACUGCUACGACCGGGGCCGCUGCGUCAACGGGAGCUGCUACUGCGAGGAGGGCUACGCCGGCGAGGACUGCGGCGAGCUGACCUGCCCGGACGACUGCAACCACCGGGGCGUGUGCGUCAACGGCCAGUGCGUGUGCCAGACCGGCUACAGCGGCGAGGACUGCUCCAAGCUCACCUGCCCCAAGAACUGCCACGAGCGGGGCCACUGCUUCAACGGGAAGUGCAUCUGCGACCCGGGCUUCGAGGGCGAGGACUGCUCCGUCCUCUCCUGCCCGGACAACUGCAGCAACCGGGGCCAGUGCGUGGACGGGGAGUGCGUGUGCGACAUCGGGUACCAGGGCGAGGAUUGCGGCGAGCUCUCCUGCCCCAACAACUGCCAGGACCGGGGCCGCUGCGUGGACGGGCGCUGCCUGUGCGAGCAGGGCUUCGCCGGGGAAGAUUGCGGCGUCAAGACGUGCCCCAAAGACUGCAUGGGACGGGGGGAGUGCGUGGACGGGAAGUGCGUGUGUUUCGCGGGCUUCGAGGGGAAAGACUGCGGCGAGCUGACCUGUCCCAACGACUGCUCGGACCGCGGCCGCUGCGUCAACGGCCAGUGCGUUUGUCACGAGGGCUUCGCCGGGGAGGACUGCGGCGAGAAGACCUGUCCCAAGAACUGCCUGGACAGGGGCUACUGCGAAGACGGCGUCUGUGCGUGUUUCGAGGGGUUCACCGGACCGGACUGCUCUCAGCUGACCUGUCCAGAAGACUGCCAGAACCAAGGGCGCUGUGAAAACGGAGUCUGCGUCUGUGACGAAGGCUUCAUCGGAGAGGACUGCUCUGAGGUCUCCCCACCCAAGGACCUAACAGUGGUCGAGGUCACACCGGAAACGGUGGACCUGUCCUGGGAGAAUGAGAUGCGUGUGACCGAGUACCUGGUCACAUACGUGCCCACGGCGCCUGGCGGUCUUGAGCUGGACAUGCGAGUGCCCGGGGACCAAAAGAUGGCCACCGUCAGAGAGCUGGAGCCCGGUGUGGAGUACCUAAUCAGCGUUUAUGCCAUCCUAAGCAACAAGAGGAGCGUUCCUGUCAGUGCCAGGGUGGCGACACACCUUCCUGAACCCGAGGGCCUGAAGUUCAAGUCUGUGCGGGAGACCUCGGUGGAGGUGCAAUGGGAUCCGCUGAAUAUUCCUUUUGAUGGGUGGAAUCUCAUCUUCAGAAAUACAAAAGAGGAAGAUGGUGAGAUUCUAAACUCACUCGGCCAACCAGAGACCACCUUUGAGCAGUCGGGCCUGGGUCCAGGCCAGGAGUACGAGGUCAAGCUGGAGGUGGUUAAGAACAACAAGCGUGGACCGCCUGCCUCCAAGAAUGUUGUCACAAUGAUCGACGCCCCCGGCCUGGUGGACGUGCGCGAUGUGACCGACGCCACGGCGCUGGUCACCUGGUUCCAGCCCGUGGCCGACGUGGACGGCAUCAGCAUCUCCUACGGGCCCAGCCUGGACCCGGCCGUGCGCAGCGUGGUGGAGCUGUCCCCCACCGACACCCAGUACCACCUGGGAGGUCUCGCCCCCGACACCCAGUACGACGUGUCUCUGAAGGCCAAGAAGGGAGAACGGACCAGCGCUCCGGUCUACGAAUCCUUCCUGACCGACCUGGACGCUCCCCGGGACCUGCAGCCGGUGGAGCUGACCGACGAGAGCAUCACGCUGGAGUGGAGGAACAGCCGGGCCCCGGUGGACAACUACCGCAUCAAGUACGGGCCUCUGUCCGGGGGGGAGCACGGAGAGCUGCUGUUCCCCGCCGGACCCAAGGACUCCACCCAGGCCAAGAUCACUGGCCUGAGGCCCGGGACGGAGUACGGGAUGGGGGUGACGGCGGUGAAGGACGAGAGGGAGAGUCUGCCCACGACCACCAACGCAGUGACCGCUUUGGACGCUCCCAAGGACCUGACAGUGACGGAGGUGACGGAGACCACCAUGGUGCUGGAGUGGAAGCGCCCGGUGGCCAAACUGGACUCGUACCGGUUGGAGUACGUGUCGGCCGAUGGCCACAAAGCCCAGGACGUGGUCCCCGGCGGCCUGGAGUCCCACGCCCUGACAGGCCUGACCCCGGGGAUGCUGUACACCGUCAGGGUCAGCGCGGAGAGGGGCCGCCGGACCAGCGCCCCCGCCACCAUCUCUGCCCCCACAGAGGAGACCAAGCCCGUAGUGACCAACGUCACGGUCAGCGAGGUGACGUGGGAGAGCUUCCUCCUGUCCUGGUCGGCCGAGGAGGGGGCCUUCGAGGCCUUUCUGGUCGAGGUGACCGACGCGGAGACGGGCGCCGAGUGGCAGAACCACACGGCGCCCGCCCACGCUCGCAGCCUGGCCGUGUCCGGCCUGUCCCCCGCCACCUGGUACAGGGCCAACGUGUACGGCCUGUACAGCUGGGCCCUGUCUGACCCCGUCUUUGCAGACACCAUCACAGAGGCCGAACCCGAGGUGCAGGCCCUCUUAGUGUCCGACGUCACCCCCGAAAGCUUUACGGUGGCCUGGACGGCCCAGGAAGAGGACGGCUUUGACACCUUUGUCCUAAUGGUCAGCCAAGCCGAGGGCCUGGGCCGGCCGCGAGAGCUGGUGCUGGAGGGCCAGGAGAGAAACGCCACAAUGACGGAGCUCUCCGAGGACAGCGAGUACAGAGUGGAGCUCUUUGGGCUGGUGUCGGGCAGACGCUCCAAGUCCGUGACAGAGAGGGUGAGAACAGGUAAUGCCAAGACCCUGACAGUGGACGGCUCCGAGUCCCAGACCGUGCUGUCCAACCUGACGCCCGGGGUCACUUACGAGGUCACCAUCGUGGCGCUGAAGGGUCAGAGGGAGAGCGAGCCCGGGUCUGACAGCGUCACCACAGCUCUGGACAAGCCGCGUGGUCUGACCGCCGUCAACAUCACGGACAGCGAGGCUCUGCUGCUGUGGCAGCCCGCCAUCGCCACUGUGGACGGUUACAUCAUCACCUACAGUGCAGAUUCCGUGGCGCCGGUGAUGGAGCGUGUGUCUGGAAACGUGGUGGAGUUUGAGAUGAGCUCUCUGACACCAGCGACGCAUUACACUGUGAAGGUGUACGCUGUGAGGGACCUGGCCCGGAGCGCAGCCACCACCACUGAGUUCACUACGGAUGUGGAUGCGCCUCAGGACUUGGCGGCCAGUAACCUCCAGACGGAGAGCGCCAUGCUGACCUGGAAGCCCCCGCGUGCCGACAUCACCGGCUACAUCCUCAGCUUCGAGUCUGCCGGCGGCACCAUCCGGGAGGUUGUCCUGAGCCCAACGGCUGUGUCUUACAACAUGGCUCAGCUCACUGCCUCCACAGAGUACUCGGUCAGGCUUCAGGCUCUGGCCGGUCCCAAAAGAAGCCGAGUCAUCACUACUGUCCUCACCACCACUGGUGUGCAGUACAGACACCCCAGGGACUGCUCCCAGGCCCUACUGAACGGGGACACCUCCUCUGGUCUGUACAACAUCUACCUAAGUGGAGACGAGAGCCAGCCCCUGCAGGUCUACUGCGACAUGGCCACGGAUGGUGGAGGAUGGAUUGUUUUCCUCCGACGUCAAAGUGGCAGACAAGAGUUUUUCCGCAACUGGAAGAACUACACGGCUGGGUUUGGGGACAUGAAUGAUGAAUUCUGGCUUGGCUUGUCCAACCUGCAUAAGAUUACGGCCGGAGGUCAGUAUGAGCUGCGGGUGGACCUGAGAGAUAAGGGGGAGAGCGCCUACGCUCAGUAUGACAAGUUCUCCGUCUCCGAACCUCGGACCCGAUACAAAGUCCACGUGGGAGGUUACAGUGGCACAGCAGGCGACUCCAUGACCUAUCACCACGGACGUCCGUUCUCCACGUAUGACCACGACAACGACAUCGCCGUCACCAACUGCGCUCUGUCCUAUAAGGGAGCCUUCUGGUACAAAAACUGCCACCGGGUCAACCUGAUGGGCCGAUAUGGAGACAACAGUCACAGCAAGGGUGUGAACUGGUUCCACUGGAAAGGCCACGAGCACUCCAUCGAGUUUGCCGAGAUGAAGAUCCGACCAUCUAACUUCAGAAACCUGGAGGGGAGGAGAAAACGGUCGUAG